GUACCCGAAUCCACGGCAAAGAUCUCGUGGUGCAGCUGUUGCCGCCGCAUGUAAAACAGUUCGACGAACGACCCGGAGAGGAGCCCUCCCUGACGUUCUACGCUAUUAGCGACGUGCACGUCGAGCUCAAGGACAAUAUGGAGUGGCUGAGACAGCUCCCUCGAUUUGACAAGGCGGCUGUCAUUGUGGCGGGAGAUCUCGGUGUGAGCCUGAACCAGGUGAAGCAGGCAUUGCUGCUGUUCAAGGAAAAGUUCGACUAUGUCUUCUACUGCUACGGCAACCAUGAGACCUGGUGCCACAAGAGUGUGGGAGACGAGGAGCUCCACUUCCAUGCUACCGACUCGUUCGAAAAGCUGGAUGUGCUGCGAAGGCUUUGCGAGGAGCUGGAGGUGAUCACCACGGCCACACUCCUCGGAGAUGUUUGGGUGGUUCCCGUGCUCGGAUGGUACCACAAAUCCUGGGACACUGAGCCGCCAUUGGCCCGACCACCUGGGCAGGAAUUUACGCACGAGCCGCCUCCUGGCGACAAGUUUGCUACCGACUCGGGCGCGUGCAAGUGGAGGGGCAUGGCGAAUGCCAGCCUGGAGCUUGCCAUGACGCUGGACAAGCAGAACGAGGCCUGGGGUAUCUGGCCUCUUCCAGAAGCGCUGGUGGAGAAUCUUCAGAAGCCCCGUGGAGAGAGGAAACAUCGUGUUCUCUCCUUCUCGCACUUCCUUCCACGGCUGGAGCUCAUGCCAGAGAAGC